GAGGACGUCACAACCGUUUGACGUCACUACGGUCGAAGGACAACAGACACAAACAAAUGCCCAGGACAACCAAAAGGCUUGACAUUUGGACAACGCACAGAAGACAGAAAAAUCAAACAUUUGAGGACAUUUAAGGACUGAAAAUGAAGCUCACACGCGGACGUUACACAUAUCUAUUGUUGCUUCAACUGGCACUACUCGCUGGAGAUUUGUUCUUCAAUGCUUUCGGGGCAUCACUAGCCAAGAACCAUCUACAGACAUCCAUCUUUUUCUUUGUCACCCAGGACGUCUUGAUUAUUGUCGAGUAUUUGCUCUUCACUUUGGCCCUGCAUUCGACGUGUGUCUAUCAAGUGGGAGCCUCGCAUAUUAUACUCCGGAAUUGCAAGCUCUUUUUGGGCAGCAUUACCAUAUAUUUUCUGCUCUCGGCCUCGCAGCAUUUCUGGAUCAUUUAUCAAAGACGAUUGUCGCCGGGAGAGGAUCAGAGUGGUCAGGAAUGGCCUUUGGGUCUCUAUGCCUUGGCUGUUAUCCAUCGGAUAAUGUCGGUUUUCUAUUAUUAUAGUUCUAAGUCGACCGCUUUGACCAUGGCAGAUCCACGCUAUAAGGAGGAACAUCUUGAUUGGAUUGCAGAACAAUUGGGGGAUAAGUAAAGGGAGGAAUUCAAGGAUUGGUGUGUACAUUGAUAGAAUGUUAGAUAGGAGAAAUAAGGAGCAAAAUUAAAGAAGAUUAAGGGGAAAAUGGGAGUAAUUUGUGUAUAAAAUUAAGUCCACAAAAUAGA